AUCGCAUAAGUGAGGGUGCUUGGCGUCGGCACACAACAGCCUGCUGCUGAACGGGCUGGCACUUGCUCCCUUUGGCACGUGAAGCAAAUAGAAGUAAUUGUUAUACCUGGCGAAUCAGCAGCAGCAUGUCGAACCGCGGGCGUGGGCGUGGCAACGGUAGCGCUUACCGAUCCUAUGACGACUAUGAUGAUUCGUACGCGUCGCCCGGGCCUAGGUCUGGGCGUAGUGGGGGCGGUGGCAGGGGUUAUCGGGGCAUUGGUGGGGACUCCAGCUACUUCCUGCAGUACGGCAACGCGGGUCCCCACGGCGGGCCUCACGGCGGAUUGCAUGGAGGGCCGCACGGAGGGCCCUAUGGCGGGCCGCCAGGACGCGGCCCGCCCCGUGCCCCCUACACCGCCCCCCAGUACCAGCUGGUGUACGUGGAGCAGCAGCAGCAGCAGCAGCAACAACAGCUGCAGCAGCCGCCCCAGCCGCACCCGCACUACCGGGCCUACCCCUACCAGUACCGGCAGCAGCAACAACAGCACAGCAGUGGGCGCAACAGCUACGAGGGAAACCGCAUCUACAGCGCGGGCGGCGGCGCGAUCAGUGGGCGGUCCCGGCCGCAAUUCACGCCGCCGCCGGUGGUGGCUGCAGCGGCCGCCUCCGCCGCCGCAUCUGUGGGGGGCGGAGCCAUUAUGCCCGUAGGUGACAGGACGCCUCGCCCCGCUACACUGCCCCGGGCACCCCUGACCACCUCAGCGGGGUCUGGCACCGGCUCCGUGACCCCGCGGCAGUCCACGGCCGCCGCCGCAGCAGCAGCCGCCAUCGACCCGGACGCGCCCAACAACACCUCCUUCAUGACGCCCGUGUUCCCGCAGCCGCCACGCACACGCACUGACAGCUGCAGCGCCUGGGCCUUGAUGGUAGAGGCGAGCUGCCAGCAGCUGGAAGCGGUGGUGGGGCCGUUCCUGGAGGGGGCACUCAUGGAGCUGUUUGGCGAGUCCUGGGAGCGCGAGCUGUUCGGACUUGACCUGACGCUGCCGCCCUUCUCCGCGGCGGCGUGUGCGGCGCUGGUGGCCAAGUGCAAGCAGCUGCAUGAGAAGCUGCCUAUCACCAUCCAUAAGCGGGUGGAGGCGGUGGCCCAGGCCACUGAGUCGCUCAAGUCGUCUCCCGGUUCCCUGGCGCCCGAGGACGUGACGGCGGCGCACACGGCCAUGCGCGGCAUGCUACACGACUGCAUCAAGGCCGCCAAGAUGCCCAGCCUGCUGGGCGCUGGCUCGCGGCAAUGGCGGGCCUUCUGCCUGGAGCUGCUGCCGCACGCCGAAUCGGCCCUGCUCUACUACGACAUGCUGCUGGCGGACUGCACCGAUGCCGCCACUGCGCGGCAACACGUGCGGGCCGCAUCGGCCGCCGAGGAGGGUGGCGCAGCAGCACUGCCAGCACCCGCCGCAGCAGCCACUGCGGCCGCCACGCCGUGAGGUGAAGGCGAGGACAAGCCGUCUGCUGUACAGGCACAGCUGUUGCUGGCGGUUUGCGUGGCGUGCUUGAAGGGUUCGAGUGUGGGUGCGGCGUGUGCCUGCCAUCGAUGACAGUAUGGGCCCCGCAUGCGCGUGUGGUGGCUUUGAGCCGUUCACGUCUUGGGUAUUUUGAGGAUGGCAUCAAGGAGUGUACACGUCUUUUGUUCCGGCGUCAUUCGUGGCGGCCAGCAUUCAAGCAGCACAUGCUUAAAGUGCUGUGCAGCUUUAGAGCUCAAGUUACGCUCUAGUUGGUGAAGAAGGGGCUAUGGGCCACGGGACAAUGCGCAAGUGCUACCGCCUGUCAACACAUGUUGAGGGUGUGACCUUGCCUGCAUCGGAGUGCACCGGCGACUACAUGCUCGCGGAGAGGGUGGGGCAAUGUGGGAGUGAUGUGCAUAGAGACAUGCUGCCGCAGGAACGUGCCUCGUACGAGGGGAAAUAAUGGGCCUAGACGAUUAUUUAAUUGCAGGGAAACGCAGAGACGAAUGCAAUACAGUAGUUGUGUUAUAUGGGCCACCCGAGCCUCCGGUUGUGGCGAGGCAGGAAGGCACGGAGGCAGGAAGGGACUCAUCACCGCCUGACAUGAGGAGGGACUGCCACGGUCGGCGGCGCUCACGCGCCCCAACCCUGGCGAUUGAGGGGGCGCACGACAGGGCGGUGGUGGUGACGGCGGUGACAGCGACGGGCGCGGCCGGGGAGGUGCAGGAGGACGCAGGGGCGCGCCCGGCGCAGCGGUGCGAGCGGCAGCGGCGGCGGCAGGUGCUGCCGCCUGCGCUGCCGCUGCAGCUGCUGUGCAGCAGGGCGGCGGCGCAUAUGGCUAGAUAGAGACCGAGUUUCUACACAUGCCGUCCGGCUGAGUACGUCGACGAGGGCAGGCCGCUUACGCGGCCGAUAGCCCGCAUACACCCCGCCACCGAUCCCAAGUGGUCGACACGCAUAGGGCGAAGGCGGUCCCGUUGCCCAAUGGUGGCCGCUCCGUGCGGGUGGGGCGCGGCCCCUGGACUAUGGGGGAACCCUCUUGGGGACCCUAGGCAGGGGGGGGGGGGUAGGAAACAAAGUGCCAGACCCCAUGUGCCCCGAAAUCCCCCG